GGCAUUAGUUUUUAGGCUGCAGUCCUGUGAGUUUUUUACACCGUCACUGUCGCUUCGGCCCGUGGGUCUCACCAACAACAGCUGCUGAGAGAACGUCAGAGAAAUGAAUCUCCCGUGUGCGGAGGAGGCGACAGACACAGGCUUUGAUAAAACGGUUAAACCAUCAUGAUUCCCAUCACCGAGUUGCGGUACUUUGCUGACACCCAGCCAGCGUACCGUAUCCUGAAGCCAUGGUGGGACGUUUUCACCGACUACAUCUCAGUCAUCAUGCUGAUGAUUGCAGUGUUCGGUGGUACACUGCAGGUCACACAGGAUAAGAUGAUCUGCCUGCCCUGCAAGUGGGUGAUCAACAAGUCCUGUGAGACCAUGCCCAUCUCUAACUUGACCAUCCCGUAUGCAUUAGAACCAAAAGGCAUUCAAUAUAACCUAGACCGUCAUCAGUAUAAUUACGUGGACGCCGUCUGCUACGAAAAUGAGCUCCACUGGUUUGCCAAAUAUUUUCCUUAUCUGGUGCUACUCCACACUCUUAUCUUCCUGGCCUGCAGCAACUUCUGGUUCAAGUUUCCCCGCACCAGUUCAAAACUGGAGCACUUUGUCUCUAUCCUUCUCAAGUGUUUCGACUCCCCAUGGACUACAAGGGCAUUGUCUGAGACCGUGGUGGAGGAGAGUGAUCCUAAACCUCUAGGAAAAAUGAAUGGUUCAUUAGAUAAGAAAGCCUCAAGUGUGAGUGAGGAUGUCGAGGCCAGUGUGCCCAUGCUUCAGCGAACAAAGUCCAGAAUCGAACAAGGAAUUGUGGAUCGCUCGGAAACUGGUGUUUUAGAUAAAAAAGAAGGGGAACAGGCCAAGGCUCUUUUUGAAAAGGUGAAGAAGUUCAGGGUCCACGUAGAGGAGGGAGAUAUUGUCUAUCGCCUCUACAUACGUCAGACAAUUAUCAAAGUAAUCAAAUUUUUACUCAUAAUUAGCUACACAGCCUACUAUGUACGCUACAUCCGGUUCAGUGUAGUGUGUGAAGUGAACCUCGAGAAGCUAACAGGGUACGGCACGUUUUCUUGUGCCCAUCCAUUAGCCACACUUUUCAAGAUCUUGGCAUGUUUCUACAUUAGCCUGGUGGUGGUUUAUGGUCUCAUCUGCAUGUACACACUGUGUUGGAUGCUUAGGCGCUCCCUCAAACGAUACUCCUUUGAAUCAAUUAGAGAGGAGAGCAGCUAUAGCGACAUUCCUGAUGUGAAGAACGACUUUGCCUUCAUGCUUCAUAUGAUUGAUCAGUAUGACCCUCUUUACUCCAAACGCUUUGCGGUUUUCCUGUCAGAGGUGAGCGAGAACAAGCUGAGGCAGUUGAACUUGAACAACGAGUGGACAUUGGAGAAGUUGAGGCAGCGCAUCACCAAAAACUCCCAGGAGAAGCUUGAGUUACAUCUGUUCAUGCUCAGUGGGAUCCCAGAUACAGUUUUUGAUCUUGUAGAACUUGAGGUGCUUAAGCUGGAGCUCAUCCCCGAUGUCACUAUACCACCAAUCAUAGCCCAACUCUCCAACCUGAAAGAAAUGUGGCUUUACCACACACCGGCAAAAAUUGAGGCUCCAGCUCUGGCCUUCUUGAGAGAAAACCUGAAGUCACUCCACAUUAAAUUCACUGACAUCAAGGAGAUCCCAUUGUGGAUCUACAGCCUAAAGAAUCUUAGUGAGUUGCACCUGACGGGCAACCUGAGUGCUGAGAACAAUCGUUACAUUGUCAUCGAUGGGCUCAGAGAGUUGAAAAGACUCAAGGUCCUGCGUCUUAAAAGCAACCUGACCAAGCUUCCACAGGUGGUGACAGAUGUGGGCGUGCACCUUCAGAAGCUUUCCAUCAAUAAUGAGGGCACCAAGUUGAUGGUGCUCAACAGCCUAAAGAAAAUGGUCAACCUGACAGAGCUUGAGCUUGUUCGCUGUGACCUUGAACGCAUCCCACACUCCAUCUUCAGUCUGCACAACCUGCAGGAGAUUGACCUGAAGGACAACAACCUGAAGACAAUAGAGGAGAUCAUCAGCUUCCAGCACCUGCAUCGGCUGGUCUGCCUCAAACUCUGGUACAACCAGAUCGCUUACAUACCCAUGCAAAUUGGUACUCUUACCAACCUGGAGAGGCUUUAUCUGAACAGGAAUAAGAUUGAGAAAAUCCCCAGCCAGCUUUUCUUCUGCCGCAAGCUUCGCUUUUUGGACCUGAGUCACAACAAUCUGACCAGCAUCCAUGCUGAUGUUGGCUUCCUACAGAACCUGCAGUACUUUGCUGUGACAGCAAACAGGAUUGAGACGUUGCCGCCGGAGCUUUUCCAGUGUAGGAAGCUGCGCACACUGAAUCUGGGAAACAACUGCCUCCAGACGCUGCCAUCACGCUUCGGAGAGCUCACAGGUUUGACCCAGCUGGAGCUGAGAGGCAACCGGCUUGAGUGUCUUCCAGUGGAGCUGGGUGAGUGUCGGCUGCUAAAGAGGAGUGGGCUGGUGGUGGAGGAAGACCUUUUCAAUAUGCUGCCGCCAGAGGUCAAAGAGCAGCUCUGGAGGGCAGACAAAGAGCAGGCGCACUACUAAAAUAUGCAAAAGUCCUGACAGUGGAACAUGCUUCAAAAAUUCCUGCCUGAAAUCGCUUUAGUCUGGCUGCACAUUGCUGACAUC